UUACUAUCAUGCAGCAGCUCAACAUCACCAGCAUCAGCUCCACUGCCCCGGUCUCGCUAGGGACCCAGGUGGCAAGUGCCAUGCUGGGCUUCUGCUGUGCCCUGGGGGUGCCUGGCAAUCUGGUGGUGCUGGCCGUCCUCCGACGCAGACUGGCUGAAGGAAACUUCACUCUCUGGCUGAUGCUGAACCUCUCUGUGUCAGACCUGCUGACGCUGCUCACACUGCCUGUGUGGAUUUACACGUUGUGUCACGGCUGGAGUUUGGGCCUGGUACCUUGCAAGCUUCUCUCCUACCUGGUGUACUGGAGCCUCUACACCAGCGUGCUGUGCGUCACUCUCCUGAGUGUGCAACGCUACAUCCAGGUGCUCUAUCCACAGCGCUGGGCCGAGCUCAAGUCUCCGGGUCGCAAGAUUCUGCUGGGACUCGUAUGGGCUCUUGGAGGCAUUCUGUCCUGUCAUGCUCUGGUCCAAAGAGAAGUGAUAUUGGAAGGGGAUGGACGGCUCCACUGCUUGCAACACUACAGGUCGGACGGGGAACAGGUGACCACACUCCUCCUCGAGAGCCUGCUGCUGUUUGUACUUCCGUUCUCUAUCCUGGCUUCCUUAUACGUCAGCCUGCACAGAAGGGUGACGCAGAACAUUCGUUCGGGACACGAGAGGAUGAAGAAGCUGGUUGUCAGCAUCAUUGUGGUGUUCUUCAUCUUUUCCAUUCCAAUCCACCUCAACAAUCUGUUCACCGUUGUGGCAGUUUCUUUGAGAUCACAUGACAUCCUGCAGUUUUCCAAGGUCACUAAGAAUGCUGCUGGAGCACUGACUUUCAUCAACAGCUGUGUGAACCCCUUCCUGUAUGCUUUUUCCCACCGGGAAUUGCGUCAGUCCACAGCCAUGCCACUGAAUCCUGCACUCAGUCCAAAACAACACACUGGUAAUAGACCCAACCGCAUCCUCAAAUCUAUAGAUAUUGCUCCCUUAAUGAACAGCAGGUGAUGUCAUAUUAGAGAGUACACUACCUGAUCCGAUCAGGUCUCAGAACUCAAUAUUUGAAGAUGUCCAGAUGUAAGUCAUGUUCCACUCUCUCUUAUCAAAUAAGUACUGUAUGUCAGACAAUCAAGCAGAAAUGGAAUAUAGUAUUCAAAAUUAAGUUUUCAUCAGUGUAAAUAUUAAUCGUUGCAUUUACAUUAGUUGAGAUUGAGCCCAUAACGCUUGCUUUUGAGUUUUCAUGUUACUUGAUGGCUGCCAUAUUUCAGUUGGUUGCAAUUCAACAACCUAAUUUGUGUGCCUUGUGAUCCUUACAUCUUUAACAUGGUGAAUUUUACUUUCAUGAAAAACUUAAGACCUUACAACACGAAUGCAUUGUCAGCAAUGGGUUUCAAAGGGCAAUUACACUCAAGAUAAAUGAUUAAAAUAAUAAUAAAAAAACACCAAGUAUCAUUCUAAAGUAGCAUUUUAUUAUGUUUCAUCUAUUAUUUACAUAUCCGUUUUUUUUGCAAAGUGUUAGUCAUCAAUUUCAUGCAACUAUGAAGCUGGGUUGUAGUUAGCUAGUAAUCAAGGAUCUUUGGUUGUACCAUCCUGAAAGUCAAAUGCAUGUAUGACAUGCACAUGUUUGAAACCAUUUGUGGUUAGUCGGUCAGCACCUUCCUGCCUCAUAUAGCUCUCUCUGUUUGAGGGUAACACAUGGGUAACCAGACAGACCCCCUUAGCAAAUUUGAAUUGGCUCUGCAGGUGAGUCUGGAAAGGAGCAUUGACAUUAAAUUCCAAAUCACCAAAAACCCAAGAAUGUGUUAUUUUCUGGAAUUUAGUAAAACGCUGGUUACAGAUGGCUCUGGGGGUUUCUCCUGGGGCGGUGGGGGAUGGGGUUACAGUAGUUAAAUAAGCUAAAAAAGCUAUUUUAACAGGGCUACCAUACCCUGAUACACAACCUGAUCUGUGACAGGACUACGCAGUAUACCCACUUAAAAAGCAUCACCAUCUCCGUAUGCCCAUUUAAAAUAGGCAAGGAUAGGUAUUAACAUUUGGGUUUGAUCACAGUAUACCCACUACAGCUAACUAGACUACACCACUGAGGAUGUGUGUGAACAGGAUGACAAUAGGAUAUGUAUUAGUUGUUCUGAAUUAAUAGAAUCUUGGCUCUGUCACAGAUUUAUUAUACCACAAGAUGAUACCCUAUCUUGUCUUUACAGUACUCAUUGUUUUUGUCCCCAUUGUUAAACAUGAUAAUGUACAGUAUGUUUUAUAUGGCAUUAUUGUUAAUAUUAUUAUUAUUUAGAAUGCCCUGAUGCAUUAUUUGUAAUAUUUGCAAUGAAGGAAGUGAUUAUUCACUGUCCAUGAGAACAUGAGUUGUUAUCUUGCAUAUUGGUCUCCUGUAAAAUAAAAAAGGGAAAUACACUUCCUAUGCUGUGGUUUGCCACGUUUCUCAAAGCUGAAGAGGUUUCA